AUGACAGCAGCAGCAGCAGCAGAGACAGCGGUGAACGCGCUCAAGAAGCUCGAGGCCAACAAAACGUGCGUCAACUGCGGCGCGUACAACCGCUUCGGGCACCAAAAUGUCUGCGAGAAGGUGCGCGCGUUCGUGUGCAGCACCUGCAAGAGCGCGCACCAGAGCUUCAGCAUGCGCGUCAAGAGCGUGAGUAUGAGCAACUGGACAAUGGACGAGGUGGACGCUUUGCGCGAAGCGAAUGGCGGCGGGAACGUCGUGGCGGCCCAGGUUUGGUUGGGCCGCUGGGACGAGACGCAGCUGCGCAAACCGACGAAGGACGACCCGUUAGAGUAUUACAAGCACUUUAUCGAUCGCGUGUACAAUGCCAAAGAGUUCUACGAGGCCAAGGGGGAGAGGAGGGGGGCGACGGCAGCCGCAGCAGCCGCAAGUAGUCGGACAGGUACGACAAGUGGCCACCAGUCAGCUGCAGUGCCGGAUCUACUGGACUUGGACCCUCCAGCAGAAGGGGAGGCGUCCACCGCAGCAACGGCGAACACUUGUAGUAGCCUUGAGAAGGAGGAAUGGGGCAGCUUUGAAGCAGCGGUUCUUCCGAGUAGAUCUGCGGACGUGGAAUUUGGGGCGUUCGCAUCGGCUUUUGUACCUACGCUGACGUCCGGGAGAGAUGAGUUUGCAGACUUUAGCACUGCAUCUGGACCUGCAUCUGCAUUGGCUCACACGGAGGUCUUCGGAGCCUUUGCAUCGGCUGUUUCGGCACCGACUUUGAUGUCGUUUGAUCCGUUUGCAGGUUCAAAUGUGGUGAUUGCAUCCAACGCUCCGGUGUCGGCUAGCGUGACUUCACUUGAUCCGGGCGCCUUUGCACCUACGAGCCAAGGUCAGCAGUCGGUGGCAACUGCUGCAGCUCCUGAGUCUGUAUUGAAGGACUUCAGCGUCUUUGACAGACUUGCGGCUCCGUUGCCAACGUUUGGCACUUUCCAGCGCGAUGGUCGAGAUCGAGUUCGUGCUGAAUGGGAAAAGCACGACUGCAGUCAGCCGCAGCAUCAAACGCGCGUGGGUAUCGACAAGCAGCAACGAAUGGGUACGCCGCAGCCUCCUGGGAGCCAUCCGCAGCAACAGCAGCACCUGAUGGCGGGAUGUGGCAAUGCUGGCAUGAACCCCAUCAGCAUGUACUUUUCGCCUAUGAUACCAGGUGCAUUCAGCGACAAUUCGAGUCGCGACUUGCAGGGCAGUAGUAGGGACCCGUUUGCAGGCCUCGGACUGUAA